AUGCCACAGAGCAGGUGAAUCUGUGGUAUACCUCCUGAACAACGAAGCGAGUGGGGGGACAGUGGUUGUUGCCUUGUUUGAAAAACGGGGAAGAUUGACGGCAUGAAGUGUGGUAAAUGCAUGUGUUGUAGAGUUUGAGGUGAUGUGUAACAAAAAUUGUGAGCUGUAAGGCGUGGUGGAAGCCCUGUAAAAUAUUAUUUUUUCGUUGCACGUUGUUUUUGUGGCAAAGACAGAAGACAUGGACGACUGGGACCCAAUGUCUCAUGACUUCACUGACGCCUCUUUCAAUACAUACAUCGAUGGACCGGGGGCGAGGAUGGACCAUAGCCAGCAACCGUGGGCAAGAAGUACCCGCAGUAAAGGACCGUUCAAGGUCUAUGUUGGCAGUGUACCGGUGGGAAUAAAUAAGGAGGGGCUAACAAAUAUAUUCUCCAAUUACGGAGAUGUACAGAGUGUGUACAUUCAUGAACCACUCCCUGGUCAGCAUGUGACUUGGGCGUUUAUAGUUUUCCCUAAACACAGCCAAGCUGAAAGAGCCAUCAGAGAACUGAACAAUAAAAAACCAUUGAAUUUAAAAGUGCAGUUUGCACUGUCGGAUGGUGAAAAGCAACGAAUCCGUUCAGCAACGGAAAAGGCUGCUAUUUGGGGAACGGUAUCUGAAUCUUUGGCAGAAUCCGAUGAUUUUGCAAUGGAAUUGCCAUGUAGAAGAAAGAGUGGCAUUGGGCUUGGAAGAGGCAGUUUCAGACAGGUGUACCUUCAGGAACAUAGGACGCCUAUUGUGGGCAGAGGCAGUUUUAUUGAUGAUUAUUCUGAUGAUGAAUGUUUAGGCUAUGAUGAAGUUAAUGGAGUUAUGUUGAAAGGAAUUCAUUGUAGCCUUCAGUCGGGAGGCAGCAGCAGAACUGUUUCUAAAGGGAGAGGUUUCUACAAUGUAAGUGCGGACAGACCAGGUGUAAAGAGACAAUCACUGUUUCACACUCCGGAGCCUGUGGCCAACAGUUAUGAUGAGCUUGAAAAUACAAUCAGAAGACAAAGUGGUAAAUACAUUUAUGGUGAUCCUGUACAUUUAAGAGCAAGAGCAUGCCGAGCUUGUUUGGCAUGUGGAAGAUUAACGACUUCUGUAUGUGCACGAUGUGGGGAUUUUUAUUGUUCAGAAGAAUGCCAAAGGAAUGACUGGCCAAACCACAAACCCAACUGUGUUGCUCCACCGGGAAUUGUAAACACUGCCACUGGAGUAUCACCCAAUAAAACAUUAUCUCUUCAUUCACCACUGACGAUCGCUGAAAACAAAGACAGUCACUCUGUUCUUGAACAAAGGAAAAAUAUGAUGGAUAAGAAUAAAGUUGUAGAGUGUCCAGUACUUCCAGUCAAUAACAGCUAUCGUACGAGCACUCCAAGAAAUGGUCUGGAUAAUAAUAGCAUUGAGAGAGAUUUCACUCAGAAGAGUGAUGCUCAACGUGGCAUACUUCACCAAGGUGAAGAAAGAAUUUCAGCAAAUGCAGAAUUGUUGCAGACACCACAGCCUUUACUAAGAAAUAAUGAAAAGAGAGAUUAUGGCAAAAAAUCGGAUAUCAAACCUUCAUUGCAACAUGGAGAAAAUGUGUUGGCUAGUGAAAAUGUGAAAGGGAGGAUUUUGGCUGAUGCAGAAGUGUCUGGGAACUUGCCUUCACCACUGUUAGGAAUCAAUAAUACAGGAAAGCAAAAUACUUUACAUGAUCAAAUCCAAAAUAAUUACAUGCAGAGUGAGACAGCGAAGCAAUCUGGCAGUCAGAAACGUAAUGCUCGAGGUAACAAAACAAGCACGUCUCCUGGCUUUGGCGAUGUUAAUAGAACACACAGUAGUGAAAAGCAGAAUAGACCUCAUAACAAUUAUGGCCAAAAUGGAGCUGGUUGGAAGAGUAAUGAUCAUAAUCAAGGGAAUCGUAACAGUUAUGGACAGAAUGGACCUGGCAAGGGUCGUAACAGCUAUGGGCAGAAUGAAGCCAGUAAAAGGAAUGAACACAGUCAAGGAAAUCGAAAACAUGGUGGUGAUAAAAGUGGUGAUAGAAAUAAAACAGAAAACAGGAACAUCCAUCAGAAGAAUAUUAAGUCACACAGUCAGCACAGACCUAAUCAUUCCGAACAAGACUUAGGAAGGCAGAAAAAGGAUGAAGAGAAACCACCAACAAAACCCAUUGAAAAGAAGCCAUUAGUUCAUCAGCAGCAUAAAUCCUCAGAUGAGCAGCAUAAAUCCUGGGAUGAGCAGCAACUGAAAUCGACAGAAGAACAGCAGUCUAAAUUUACAGACGAAAAUCUUGCUAAAUCUGUUAGUGAGCAGCUCAACAUUGGAUGUACUAGUAGGUUUCCUGACAGUUGUGCUGUAUUAGGUGAAGGUAGCCCAGAUAGUAAAACAGACCAUGGUUUGGGAAAAGAAGAGAUUAAGUCAGAUUGUUACACAAAGGUCAAGAUUGUUCUGAAAAUUGAUAGUAGGCAAUAUAUGGUACACAAAGCUGAAAAUGAGGAAAAAAUUAUAAAACUACUUCAGUUUCUACAGAAUGUGGGCAAUACGGAUCCCUGUACUCCAGAAGUAGGGAAACUUUGUGUUGCAUCAUAUGAAGGCAUUUGGUACCGAGCCGAAAUAAUUCAAGUAGUUCCAGAGAUAAGGGUGUUUUAUGUGGAUUAUGGAAAUGAGGAGGCUUGUAAUGCUGAUGAACUGAGAAGCUUACCAAAAGAAGCAUCAGAGCUGCCUGCACAGGCCAUAAAAAUCAAACUGGCAGAAGGGACGUCUAAAAAGUUUGAGGACCUGUCUGAAGAUAAUGAGAUUAUGGUGAAGUCGUUCAGAAAGGACAACUGUGGUGUUACAAUUGUCAUGGUCGAGGGAGAAAAUUAUUCUCAGCUAGAAGUUAAAAAUUCAAAGCAAUCAAAACAGAGUCCAGCAUCCAACAAAGACAAUACUUCAAGGACAGUGUGUUCGGAGGAUUCUAUCAUCACCUUACUUCCGACUGGUGCAGAGGCAGUCAUGUGUGUGAGAGGAAUUGAAAACACAAACCAGUUUACUGGAACACUUUUGGCAGAAACAUGUGUAGAUAUAUAUAAAAAACUUUUUGAAGAUUUGGGUUGUGCAGAAGGUUCAUAUGAUGGUGGCUUCAAACCAGCAGUUGGUGAAAUGGUGGUAGCUCAGCUUCCCGCGGAUCCAGUUUGGUUCAGAGCUAAAAUAUUGUCAGUAUUGCAGAAUGGUUACCGUGUUGCUUUCUGCGAUAUUGGCAUUUCACAGAAAGUAGAGAAUGUUAGAAGAAUCCCUGAGGGAUUUGUAAACUUACAACAGAUGUCUGUAAGGUGUGAAAUUGUUAAGUAUUUCAUGACUGAGAGUGAGGUGUGGGAAAACUAUAUAAAGAUUGGUGGGAACCUCAAAAUGACUAUUGUGGGUGCUUAUCCCACAAAAGUUAUUGCGGACGUUGUAGAUAAUGUUGUUAUCUGUACAGUUGAAGUGAAGAAAUGGGAUCCUAUCACAGAAGACAAAGGCAUUAAAGUUGCACAGUUGGAGAAUAACAGCUUCGUCGUAUUGUCCACGUUUAACAGUCCAAGAACAAUGUUUGUAAGACCAACCUCAAAAAGCAUGCAAGAAAAAUUUAAUAGGAUCCUGCAGGAUGUUGCUGGUCAUGCUUUCAAAGCACCACCUAUGGAUAGGUUGCCAAUUAAAGGUGAAGUCAUUGCUUGCAAAUACAACAAGGAUAACAACUAUUACAGAGCAAAAGUGACUGGUUUUGAAAAAGAUAAAGUGGUUGUUACUUAUUUAGACUUCGGAAACACUGAGCUGGAAGACCUCAGUGAUGUCAAAGAACUAAGUGAAGAAUUGAAAAAUGUUCCUGCAUGUGCUGUCAAGGUACACUUGAAAGAUGUACCGGAGCUUCCACUUAACACACAGAUUGUGGAAUUUCUUAGUGAAAUUACUUUGAAGGAAACAGAUCUCAAAGUGAAAUUUGGUGACAUAAAAGAGGGGGUGGAUUUGUUCAUGGAUGGAACACACAUAAAUGCAAAAAUAAAAUCCUUGUUAGACCCAUCUUGGCAGCAACUUAAUAAGACAGAUGUGCCAGCUCUAUACUUCUAUGAAAACCUGAAAUUUGUUGACCUGAAUGUUGGGGAAGAAAUAAGUAUGGUAAUUUGUCAUGUCCAAGCUCCCGACAUAAUUUUUGGUUUUAAGGAAGGCAGUUCUGUUAUGCAGUAUAUCAUGACAUUUAUGCAAGAAAAGGUGGAUGAGUAUUGCAACCAAGUAGACAAAGAAAGUUUCCUACCCAGGAAAUACGAAAUGUGCUUGGCACAGUACGAAGGUGCAUGGUACAGAGCAGCUUGUUUAGAUGUAGAAAGAAAUUUGGUAACAGUGAUCUUCGUUGAUUAUGGCAACACAGAGGAAGUGUCCUUCAAAAACAUCAGGAAAAUGCCUCCAGAUUUCAUGGAUACCCCAGUAGCUGUUGUUGCCUGUACAAUUAAAGAUUUUUCAAAGAAUGGCGCCAAAACAGAACUUAAGUUACAACAACUUAUGAAUAAGGUGAAAAAGGUGAAAAUUCUGAGCAUGGCAAAGCAAGGACAUUGUGAAGUUCAAAUACUUCAGUAAAUUUGAUGACUUAUCGUGCAAAGAGGUACACAGCAUCACAUCAAUGAGUGUCUUAUAUUUUUACCCAAGAAUUGUUGUAUAGUAUUUCUAAUAAGUGUAAUCAUGUGAUUUUUUAUGCUUUGAUUUGCUGUGUGAUCUGAGAAAUAAGAACAGAAGACUGAAAUAUGUAAGCAGUUUAUGUAUGUUCAUUUUGUGUUGACAUUUAUUAAUAGUGGUUCUGAUAGCGGUCAUCACAAUGCUCAGGCUCAGAAAAGAGAUGUUUGCAUUAUUUUGCAAUAAAAAGUAGACAAAUUAUUUCAUUAAGACUUGAUUGUGCCAGUUAAUUAGUGCACAGGGAAUGCAUUCAUUUGCACUGUACCAAUCAACGUGCAAUGUCACACUAUUUCUAACAUGCGGAAAACUCUGAAUGACAAACUGUUCAGUGAAUUGUUGCCUUGCGAAGAUGGUAAACUGAAGUGAAGACAAGUUUGUAAGAAGCUUUUAAUAAAUAUAAUACUGGUUUUAGUAACUUACAAUACUGUGUUAAAUCAUUCAUUUAGAAACCUUAUUAAGCAAGGACAGGAGAAAGUUAACAAGUAAUAGGAUUGUGAUAUUAAAUAAAAAUUGUUGACAUGUAAUGCCAUUUUAAUUGCCUGUGCAUUCUCAUCAAUUUAUUCAAGGGGCCAGUGAUGAGGUAGUCAGAGACCUAAGGUUGGUAAAACCAUCAUAAGUAAUACAUAUUGUUCAGUAAUUCAGUCAUAUGGAUGUACUCUAAUCUGAUGCUUCUCUAUGGUGAUUUAUUACAAAUUCAGGCUGCCGUCAUUACAAAUUUUCCUUUUGCCUGGUUUCUUGUAUAGCACUUUGUGUAUGAAUAAUAUGAUGUCCUGUUUGUACAGACUUACUCUUCUUUUCUGUACGUUCUGUAACACCAGUGAUCUUUGUGGCUUGGAGUUGAUCUUCCUUCUUCAACUUACGUGAACUUUCAGUUUGAAGGAGAUGUGUGAUUGCUGUCUAGAGGAUAGUGGAUUGGAUAGCCUCAUCGUCUGUCUCCUAUCAUUUUAUCUGAAACAGUUCGCUCUCUGAAGCACAUUAGUCUUGUAGUGGUUUGUGAUCUGAACUGUGGUGACACUCACAGGAUUUGCUUUGUCAGGCGUGUUUUCUCCUAUGCACAAUUUGUCCAAUUAACAAAGCCCUUGUUAAAUUGUGGUGGAUAGAAGCAGUAACCAGUGCUGCAUAAAGAGGCUAAAGUGUUUCCAGAUUGAUGGCGGGCAAAAUGUAUGAUGAAAGACAGUUAAUGAAACUGACAAUGCAGCUGAUAUAAACACAAGAAGAAGAAGAAGAAGAAGAAGAAGAAGAAGAAGAAGAAGAAGGACAGCAGUGUGAAUUUUGGACUUACAGGUUCCUUAUUAAGGAAAAAAUUUCGUUGUCUGGUAAAGAUAAAUCAUGAUUCCGGCAGUAAGGAGCAGAGCUUCUCUUUUGAUUCAUGUUUCCAGAAUUAUAUAUUCUUGUACCAUAGCAUUUACUAUGUAGGGGCACCACAAAAGUCGGACAUUGUCUGUAGGGAGUUAAUGAAAACAUAAGACACAUUGAAAGGAAUGUGAAACUUGUGAAGACUAUUAAAUUCUCAAAUUUAAAGCUUCUAGAUGUCUUUAUACAUCUAAUGACCAUUAACUUCAUUGAUUUCACGGAAUUCUUAUCUUCUGGUAACGUAAUAUGAAAAAGGCAUGGCGUAUUUGUGUGGAGAAACUGUGGUUCCAUGUCAGCAUUCAGAUGAAGUUUAAUGUACAAGUCUUACUUAAGAUAGAGCGUCUUAUCAGCAUGUUGAAGAAAAUUAUUUAUGAGAAUAUAUGUACUGCCUUUAUUAAUGAAUACAGACACAGGAGAAAAUCGGAAACUUUUAUGUCAGUAGAUUUUCCUUUACCAUAUCUGCAACGUUAAUGUACAUGCUAAUAAUUUUUUUAUUGAAUUAAUAUAAACUAAUUCAUAAAUGUAAUUCCCAGUUUUCACUUAAGUGUUUCAUCACUAUACAUCGCCUGGCAGGCUGUUCUAUUCAUUAUGCUUCUCUUACACCCUGCAGCCAUAUUUAGCUUACAAUUGAAACUGAGCAUUAAACAUGUGGAAGAUUCUAUUCUAAUCUUUGCCCAUUGAAUGCACGGAAACACACUAAACUAGACAUUUGAUGAGCAGAUUCCUUUUCUUUCAGAAUUUGUAUUUUAUCAAAUUUCUUAUUAACAAUAAGUAUGCUUAAUUACAAAAUUAAACGAGACAUUUUCACAUUAUUGAGCUUAAAUCAUGCUGAGCUAUGUUGUUGGAGUUUAUUGCACCUAGUUGUUUUGUAUGUACAAAAUACAAUGUCUACUGCAUUGUUGCCCCCCUCCCCUCCGCCUUGUCCGCUACCACCAAACUGCCUGUAGUGCUUUAAAAGAAACCAUGAAAGGCAUAGACAAAGGUGGCUGAACCUUGGUUUACACUAUAAACCUGAUUUGUUUUUAUUGCUGAGUCACUCGAUUUAAUAUGUCAAGCUAUAACCAGCUGUCCUUUGUCAACUUCGUGAAGAAAUAGUUAGUGGUAAGCUUAUCAUCAGUUGCCAGUUCCUGAAAUUUGAUGAAGCAUUCUUUGAUGUCCAAUGACUGCUUGCUACAUUUAAUAUUGAGAAAUGUUGGAACAUUUCCAUGAGAGAUUACCUUUUUGAAACAUGUAAUAAACUAAUAGACAUAAUUCCUGGUCAGUAAUUACCUUCUGGAGGAGAAAUGUUUUGUCCUGCUAAUAGAUGUGUGUAGAAGAGAAAGAGGGAUGAUGCCAUCCUAACUUUCAAAAGUGUCAGCUUCUUCCUUGUCCUCACUACGGGUAGGUGCCUAUUGUCUUGGGGUCUGAGUGGUUUGCCCUCCCUUUUUAACUUUGCCACUCUGUUCCCCUCAUCUCUCCUUCUUGAGGUAAAAAAGUACUGAACAAAAAUUCUAUCUCAUAAUUUAUUGUGUUUUCUUGGUAGGAUUUUGCCAUUACACAGAUAUUAGGGAACUACAGUGAUGUAGUUAGGAAAGAAAAGGUGCCAACAGGGAAAAUUGAAUAUGGAUGGCACUUAUCAUGAAAUAUGCUUUCAGAAUACAAAUUGUGAUGCAAUAAGUACAUAUACUGACACAACCAAUCUAAAUGGAGGAUGUAAUUGCUCUUGUAUCUACCACAUGCUGAAGAGCACUACUGUUUGGCCAGAUCCUAUCUUCACUUCGAUCUAGCUUCAAUAAUUAUGUAAAUACUAUUGCCCAGAACACUUAUAGGUAUAACUUGCAUAUGCAUUAAAAAACUAAAAAUAAAAUAAAACUUGUAUCUAGUGGAGUCUCUGAAAAUUUCAGAGCACAUAACAAAUGAUUAAACAGUAACAGUCACAUUUUAUUACAUAUAUUGCCUUAAAUAUUCUUUGAUACUGAUCAAAAGUUAAGCUAUUGUACAACUAUUAAUAUUUGAAGUGUGGCAUAUGGGCAGACAAGUUGUACCUGUCCACUUCCUCAACAUUACUGUUUAACGAACAUCUGAGUGCAAAAAAUUGGGAUUGCCUUACUAUAUGUGGGGAAAUUAAUGUUUUAUGGCACCUAACUAAACCUUGAGAAUAUCUGUGCGAUUCUUGAGAAAAGUCAUGUUUAUUUAUGUCAGCGGGUUCUGUGGAGGAGGAGGAGGAGGAGGAGGAGGAUUGUAUUAUUUUGAAAUGUUGCUCAUCUUUAGAGAAAUCACAGAUGAAAAUCUGAUAUGCUUACAUUAACUUUGUUUUGAGUAACUGUCUCAAUACAGUUCCAUGACACUUCCCCAAGUUACUAUAUGGUGCAUGGCAGCGUAGAUGAUGGAUCAGCGAUAAUUGCCUGCCCCCCCCCCCCCUCCCCCUCCUGGCAUGGUGAUUCAAAUGUGCUGUGUAGAAAGUGUUUAAUUGUGGAGGUACGUGAGUAUGAGGAAAUAAUGGUUUUAAGUCAGCACAGAUUUUUGGAAUUUUAAGAACAGUUGUUAAAGUACCACUUUUCCAUAGAGUCCAGACAAUGUCAUUAGUGUGUACUGAGAAUUUCUGUGACUUGACAGACAGAUGAAUCUGUCACGAACUGUGCAGAUCUUCUUUGAACUGUCAAGGUCCAUAAACUGUACAUCUUAAUAUCAGUUAAAGAAAAAAAAACACAAUACUUCAGGGUGUUUUGCAAGUACUUUUUUUAAAUUGCUUUGUCUUGUGUUAUAUUUAUUCGAAGCUGCCAAUGGUCAUUUUAAAUAUCUUUAUAAAGAUGUUCAGUGCCUUAAUCUGAUCCUGCAAGUGAAUUGCAGCCAUGGUGUUUCAUUCAUAAUAUAAGGUUCACGUGGCUGUUCUGAUUUAUAACAUUCUGCAUUGUAAUGUCAAAGUAUUUUAUAUUUUGCAGACAUUAUAUUCAAGCAAUACAGAGGACUUCUGUCCAUGUGUGCUAAUUACUUUGUAUUUGAUUAAAUUAAAAGGAAACUGGUGGAACUAUCUUCUGAGCGUGGUUGUGCUGCAAAUGUUUUUGUAUGUCAGAAUACGGACUAUGGGUAUUAACCAUACCUGUAUGUGGUGUAUCAUCCACCAAUCUUCUAGAGCUACUGAUUUUAUCAAUUGAGUCUUUUAUGUGUAUUGUAUAUAAUAGCAGCUCUCUGACAUGUCUCUAAGGCAUACUCUUGUUGUGUUUGCACUCACUACCAAUUUACCCCAAAAUAAAUACCCCCCCCCCCCCCCUAACCAUUGUGUUAUGUGGCACACAUUGAUCAUCAGUCUAGUUAACGUGAUAUGUGUAUCCAUGAUCAAGUAGCUUUGGCUCAGAUGGUCCCAUAGAUCAUGAAAUGAGAAAAAAGAAAUUCGCAACUGUUUCAGUGACACUGUUCAUUGUAAUCAAAAGUUAUCUGCUUAGAAUGGUGUAUUGACAUAGCAUUCUCUUACUACUCAUCUGUGGAAUGUCAAAGGAGAAGUUCUAGAGAAUGACUACAUGCCGUGGACUCUCUCAGUAACAUGGCGUUAAAAGACAUUAUUCAUUCAUCUACAAAGGGAUAAAUAAUCAACAAUUGUUGCUAAUCGCAAUUUAACACAUCUUAUGUCAGAAUGAUCUUUUCUGUGUGGUUUAUAUGUUGCCAGGGUCAAUAAUAAUGAAAUGCUGAUUAUUUCUUCAAAUAUUUUGUGGAACAGUGUUAAUGUUCACUACUUUAGUGUCAUUAUGGCACACCUUUCUCUUUCUCGUACUCAACAUUACAGUUACACAAGAGUAUAUUGCAUGAGAAAACUGUCAUUAUUAGUCAUUGUUUUUAUAUUACGUUGAUCUACUUUAAAGUAUAGGACAUGUUUUAUGACUUCAUUGUUUGGUACACUUUCAUCAGCACUUUCAUAAUAUAAUUCCUUGAAGAAUGUGUGGCCAUUGAUGAAAAUUGGGUCAUUAAUAUGCCUAACCCAAGGAUGAAAUUUGCUAGAAGAAAUGAUGUAAUGGAUGUUCUUUGAAUUGAAUGAAAGGUUUAAUGUUUCGACAUUGUAACUUCAGUGGCAAGUAAGAGUUACUUUGUUUCCAUAAAGUGCUAAUUGCACGAGAUAUUUUAUGUUGCUGAAGCAAAAUAUUCUAUGUAAUACCCAAACACGGAGUACAUUCAUAUGUUUACUAUUAUAGUGACAAUUACAGAAGUAGGUAUGGGACUGCAUAUGUAAUUGUAAAUAAAAUGGCAUGCAUGUGCAAAAAUAUUGUUUCAGAAAAUUUCUUUCUGAGAAUUUGUGUAAAUAUCUGACUUUUGAAGCUAUUUUUGUGAAAGAUUUGAGGAAUGUUCAUCUACUACUUGCAUUAACUUUGGACCACUAUUUGUUACAACAAUUUCUAUAGAAGUGACAUCCAGAAAUGCACGUUUGAUUAAUAUGCCUUAAUGAAUGGUGCUGCAGAUGUCAAACUGUAUCAAACUUGAGUGCAGACUGUGGCACAUUGCCUUCUUUCGCACCCUCAAUAUUUGUUAUUCACAUUUAAUUUUCAGUUCUAAAAAAAGCAUUGUUACUGUGUUUUGUUUAAAGUUAUUGAUUGUAAAAAUAUUGUAAAUUUCUUUGUAACACUAUUGAGAAAAUAAAGUUAGUUCAUAUA